AUGGCCGUCUUCAGAGAGAAUGGAGACGGCGUCGAAAAGUUCGACGUAGCAGACUGGUAUAAUGUACUGGGCAUGCAGUACAAUCCGGGAACUGACUCCAUGAAGCUCAAGGUGCCGGCCCAAGGCGCGAUACCCGAGAUCGUCACGAAAAGAUCUGUGUUAAGUGCCAUCGCUUCAAUCUUCGAUCGCAUGGGCAUCGCAGCUCCACUCUUGGUACAUGCGAAGCUGCUGAUGCAAAAGAUGUGGUCGUUAAAUCUGGCUUGGGAUGAUCCAGUGCCGCAGGAGGUCGAGAGAGACUUCAAAACAUGGUCUAAGGAACUGAAAUACCUGGAUUCCAUUGUAAUCCCACGAAGCUACUGGCAACAUGACACUCAGGACUCGAGAGUUUUGCACGUAUUCUCUGAUGCGUCUCGAUAUGCAUAUGGUUUCUGUGCAUAUAUUGUUUCGAGAUCGGCUCAGGGUUGUACGAGCUCAUUCCUUCUCGCCAAGUCCAGAGUGGCACCACUGAAAAACGCAACGAUCCCGCGACUCGAACUCAUGGCAAUGACUCUGGCGGCCGAGGCUAUCGACUAUAUUCGAACGCACUGCGGUAUCGCGUUCGACGAACAACACGUAUGGACCGACAACUCGGGAGUAUACUUCCAAGUCACUUCGGAGCAACCAGAGAAACUGGCAACAUUUGCACGAAAUCGUGUUCUCAAGAUUAAGCGUCUCACCAACGGCACUGAGAUUCAUCAUGUCCCCGGAGAGCUAAAUCCAGCUGAUUUGGUGAGCCGCGGCUGCACGUUCAAGGAGUUCAGCGAGAGCAUCUGGCUAACAGGGCCAAAGUUCAUCACGGAACCAGCGCAUAACUGGCCAAGGCUCGCGAAACAAAAACAUCUAGUCAUCGACGCUCAUAUGGUCGGAAUCGAAGAGACACCGUUCAAAAGCUUCAUUGUCACAAGACCAGAACCACCGAUACAGGUCAGCGUCAAUUUUAUCGACAAACCAACAGCCGAGCGUCCUCCAGCGGUAAUUCUGCGAUUCGACACGUGCAGUCGAUGGUCGAUCUAUCUCCGAGCAAUAGUCCGAUUUCGGAGGGCGAUCGAUCAUUGGAGACAUCGAAUCACGAAACGCGAAUUGACAAUGCCAAUACUCCAAGCGGAACUCACGCGUGCUGAGGAGUUUAUCGUCUCGCAAGUACAAGCAGAAUGCUAUGGCAAUGAAUACCGAUGCCGCCUCACAGAUUCCGGCCUACCGAGAAAGUCAACAUUGAGAGUGUUCAACCCAUUUCUCAAGGACAAUCUCAUCGCCCUCGGGGGAAGAUUGGGAGAUCAUUUAGGUGAUCUUCCCAAGAACCCUAUAAUUCUCCCACCCAAACAUCCGGUUACGAAGAUGAUCCUCAGGUACAUCCACGAGCGCAGUUGUCACGCUGGCCCUCGACUAGUCCUCAUGACGGCUCGCCAGAAGUAUUGGGUCCCGCAGGGCAGACGACUAAUCCAGAAUUUGAUCCACGGCUGCAAGAACUGUAGAGUAUUCCAUGCAAAACCCGUAUCAACGCCCAUGGGACCGCCGCCCGACGUCCGAGUGACGAAAUCCCACCCGUUUGAACACGUCGGAACAGACGUGAUCGGCCCUUUGUUCAUCAACGAAGCAAAGGAACAGAAGAAGAUAUGGAUAAUCAUCUUUACCUGCUGUGCUAUGCGGGCCAUACAUCUAGAAAUAUUGAACUCACUAUCAACAACCGAGUUCAUGAUGAGCCUUCGCCGCUUCAAGGCACGUCGUGGCUGCCCUAGAACCUUCUACUCGGACAACGCCAAAGCGUUCAAACGAGCAGCGGAAGAUCUCAAGGUCUUGGGAGAAAUCAUGCAGGGAACGACGGUCCGGGAAGCACUCGCCAGAGACGGAAUCGAGUGGAAAUUCUCAAUUGAAAAAUCUCCAUGGCAGAUGGGAUUUACGGAGCGCCUUGUCGGGAGCGUCAAGUCAGCACUCAGGAGGGUACUCGGGAAGGCGGUGGUCAACGCACAGGAGAUGGCAACCGUGCUGUGCGAAGUCGAGCUAAUGGUGAACAAGCGACCACUCUGCGAGGUGCCAGACGCUGAGCAUAUCGAUGUGUUAACGCCAUUGCAUUUUCUGGUUAUCCGCACCGAAGACCCCACCCAGGACUCGGCUGUCCCCGCUAAACUCAAGUCGAGCGAUGUAUUAAAGCGAUGGAGACACAAGAAGACGAUUGUCGAGUCCUUGUGGAAACGUUGGGAACACGAGUAUUUGUUGCUCCUCCGCAAUUUCCAUGAGACUUCUCCUCGCGAUUUACAAACGCUCAAGGUUGGACAGGUUGUCAUUAUAAAGGAUACCCAGACGCCAAAACUAUGUUGGAAGAUUGGGCGAGUAGAGAAGUUAAAUAUCAGUAGGGAUAACAUUGUCAGAUCAUGUAUGUUGAGGAUGGGGAACGGUAAAAAUCUACAGAGACCGUUAUCGCUUUUAUACCCUCUGGAAAUCGAAUAA